CCAAUGCCCAUGUCCGCUUUCAAUGUUCAAUGUGCAUUUUGACUCCAAGUCAAUGUGAUUCUUCAUAUGUAUGAGCGACAGAUAUCUUAACAUCUUCAUUGUCAGUCACAAUGUUGUUCUUUCUCGGGAUUGUAGCGGUCUUCGCUUUGCGUGGCGCAGCUUAUAGUUUCUUCUUCAACAAUACGGAUUUUAGCACCCAAAUCGCAAACAUUUCAUCGGGUUGCGCGACGGCGCUUCAGGCUCCGCUGGACUGCGACCCCUACCUGACUUAUGUUAUGACCAGCAAUUUUUACGGAUCACUGGGAAAUGAUACGCUGCAGGCUCAAUUCUGUAAUGCAACAUGCUCCAAUGAGUUGACAUCGUACCGGACAUCAGUUGCGAGCAGCUGUGCCAAAGAUCCGCAGCCGGUGCCGGGAUAUCCAGCAACAUAUUGGGCCGACUCUGCAAUAUCGGCCUUCAACCACAUGUGUAUGAAGGAUCAAAGCACAGGAGCUUUUUGUGUUGAUGUCAUUGCCGGCUUCUUUGCAAACCAAGCGACAGAUGAAGAUGGCACAAGUCUGCCCACCAGCCAGCUUUGCUCCAAUUGUGUAGUUGACCUAUUCCGCCUUAUGCAGAGUACUUCGUACUCCAAUUAUGAUGACACGCUUUCAGGAGUCUGGGCUACAAUCCAAAGCAAAUGCUCGCUUUCAUACCCAACCGCGGUCCCUACUCUAGCAACAAACGUCACGCAACCUGGUGGAUUCGCAAUUCCCGGCUCUGGCUCGUCGCCAAUCUGUCUCUCAGGUAUCACCUAUACUGUAGUCAGUGGCGACAACUGCGAGGCCAUUGCAGAGAAAUAUAACGUAGCCACUGGAACUUUGAUAGCGAUCAAUAAUAUCUAUACAGACUGCACGAACCUGUACGUUGGUCAGAAUCUUUGUAUCCCGCCACAAUGCACGACAUAUCUUGUUCAGUCUGGAGACACGUGCGACGGAAUUGCCAACAAAACGAGCACUACCUUCCAGCAAUUAGUAGCUUGGAAUCCUGCCAUAGGAUCGUAUUGCACUAAUCUGCUCUCGGGUCAAAAUAUCUGUGUGAGCCCUCCGGGAGGUGUACAGAACUUGACCACUAUUGCUGGAGCUACCUCUACAAAUUCCGGGAUCUAUGCAUCCACUACAACAUCCCGGCCUAGCCCUGUUGCAUCCGGGACUACGCUUUAUUGCGGCAAGUACUAUAUGGCGCAGCUCGGCGACACUUGUCAGCUCGUCUCCCUCAACCAGACCAUCUCGUUGAGUCUUUUCGAGGAAAUCAAUCCGGAUAUUAAUGCCGCCUGUUCCAACCUCGAACUUGGUGUGUACUACUGCGUUCAGCCGACACAGAACUGGAACGCGACUGUUACAUCCACAAUCACUACUGCGCCAACGACUACUCCGACUGGAACCACGGCGGAUUGCUUUCAAUAUUAUGUGAUCCAGUCGGGAGACUACUGUGCUAAGAUCGAAAGUCAAUUCGCCAUCAGCAUGGCGCAGCUCAUGUAUUGGAACCCCAGUCUCAAAUCCGAUUGCUCGAAUCUUGCGCUCGGUGAAGCAUAUUGCGUCAAUGGCGAGAACCAGCCACCGGCGAGCACCACAGCUGCAGCCGCCGGAAAGCGUGACGUGUCUGCGUCAGGAGCACAGAAGACACCUGAUCCCCAGAUUUUCGGCCUUCCGGAAGGGUGGCCGGGUUGGAAUGCACCAAACGUUGCGAGAGCGUAUGCGGCCGCGAAACAGAUUUCCUAGACUCUUUUGUUCUCCUUCUAGGCGGUCGGUUUCCCAUUCUAGUCCGUCAAUGGAAGGAACUCUUCCAUGAAGCCAUGGGGCUUGUCAUAUCUUUCUGGUGUCGGCUCCUAUGAGAAAGUUUCUUUCGUCGAUAUCGAGCGU